CGCUGGUGCUGAGGGGGUGAGCCGCGUGUGGAGCUGUCCCCGCGCCGCCCCUGUGGCGGCUUUCCCCCGCAGCCCAAGGGGUGUCAGCGGGGGCUGCUCCCUUCCCGCCCUGUGGCCUCGCACCCGAUGUCUGCUGAAGCAGCGGAGCGAGCUUUUCCCGCGGAGUUUGUGUUUGCAGAAGGAGCUGCCAGACUGGAGUAACCCAAUGGAUAGCUGGGUGCAGUGGAUUGCUACAGACUGCUGCAGUCCCGGGCCAGUGUAGGCGGAUGCUCUGCAGUGUUUUCCAGAGACACAAGGCUGGCCCCUUCCAGCUCUCUAAAUUCUGUGGUGGAUUGUUUGAAGCCAAUGGAGCCAUCACACAGCAAAACAGAUCCUUUUACGAUACGAAUAAGCAUCUUUCUGCAAAAGAUUCCUUGCAGCCAUAUGAAGAAAAAGUGGGUGCUUUGACAAGGAUAAUUGAAGCACUGGGGUUCACAGGACCACUCAAGUACAGCAGAUGGAAGAUCAAGGUGGCAGCGCUGCGCAUGUACGCGUGCUGUGUGGAGAAAACUGACUUUGAGGAGUUCUUUAACAGGUGCCAAAUGCCUGAUACUUUGAAUUCGUGGUUUCUAGUAGCCCAGCUUCAUGUCUGGAUGUGCCUGGUGAGGCUGAAGCAGGAGGGCCGCACAGGGAAGUACAUGUGCCGCUACAUCGUUCACUGCAUGUGGGAGGAUGUCGAACAGCGUGGGAAGGUGAUGGGGAUUAAUUCUACUGUUCUGAAAGAAGAGUUGAAAAGGAUGGCAGAAAAUUUCUAUGCAGCUCUGUUUGGAUACGAUGAGGGAAUCUUGUCUGAUGAUCACGUUCUGGCAGCAGCUCUUUGGAGAAACCUUUUUAACAGGAACUGUGAUGACCCUCGGCACCUGGAGCUGCUCGUGGAGUACGUGCGCAAACAGGUGCAGCACCUGGACGCGCUGAGCGGGGAGGACCUGCUGCUCACGGGCGAGGUGAGCUGGCGGCCGCUGGUGGAGAGCAACGCCCGCAGCAUCCUCAAGCCCCUGUCCCCCGUUUACAACGACGAAGGACUCUGAGAUCCUCGUGCCAGAACAGCUUGGGAAGGAUGCCUGGAAUGGGACUGGGCUGAGGCUGCGUGAUCAGGAAGAACAGUCUGCUGUCGGAAGGAAAACAUUUCAUUAGCUAUCCCAUCCGUGGUGCCUCAGUAGCCUCCUGGACAGCCGUACUCCCAAAUCUUCACCUGCAAAUAAAUGCUCAUUGUUUUAAGAACCUCUGUCCUUUUUAUGGCCCCGAGUGGCCCUUGCUGACAAAUGGACAGAGCUGCCUUCUGCCUUUAGGAAACCAGGUAUUCGCCGUGACGUAGAGUUCUCUCAAAAAGACAUUUCUGUCCCUUGCCUCGUUCAAAGAGCUGCUGCUCAGAGACACAGUGGUGUCUUCUGCUCCCUGUAUGGUUGUGAAUGUAAAUCUGAGCUUUGCAUAUUUAGAUACUAAGUAUAUAUUUUAAAUGCCUGAUAUCAAGAUGGGAUGGUCCAUCUUUGCUUUAGUGCAGUUAAGAAUUGCUUUAACAGAUUCUGAAGGGUUUUCUGUGAAAAUCCCAUAUAGGAACUCUCUGCUUUGUUGCACGAGGGUAAGAGAAUGCAAAGAAUAAUGUGCAGUCCCCAGCAAUCCUCUGUGACUUUGGCUGUCUUAGGGUGAUUAAAUCCCCAACUGUGGCUGGGCUGGCACUAAAAGCUGCCUCAGUACUUGAUGUUUCAGUCUGCCUUGCUGAUACUUCCACAUUCUUUGUAGAAUUGUGCUCUAGGAAUUCCUUUUUGAAAAGAACAUCCCUGUUGUGUCCCUGGCACAGGACUCUGCCAUCCUCCAUCCCCCAAAGCAGCAGUCCAGGGCUUUUUAGCAGGAUCCUUCAACACCAGUGAAAACUUUCUACGGCUGUGCAGCCAAAUUGUGCCAACACAGUAAUUAGGGGAGCAGGAGCUGCACUGAUGAGAUCAGCAGAGGCAGAGGUGCUCUGUGUGGGUGGAUGGUUCACCAGGCUGUUUCCAGGUCAGUGGCAAAGCAGUUUUCAUUUCUCUCCUGUCCCAAAUCUGAGUCAAUAAUAAAUGUCAGUCUGGGUUAAAUUGCUGUGUGUUUGUUUUCUGUGCCAUGCGUGCUUUUGAUAAGAAUAAGCCCUAUAAAAUCAGGAUUUAUUCCUAAUAAAAGUAUUAAGUAAAAGCAGAA